CCAUCCUCCAAGAAUCCAAGACAUCAUGAAGGAUUUGUCUCUGUCCCUGCUGAGUCGGGGGUGUGCUCGAUUCGUCUCAACUAACAGAAACACAGGGACACAUGACGGACGGCUGGACGUCUGCUUUACACCACAGGAUUACUACAUAUGGAAGUCCCAGGACUCUCGCCUGCGACUGUCCAACAGUGGCCAUCUGCUUGUGGAAGCAGAGUCAACCAUUCCAAAAACCUACAGCACCCGUAGAGGGCCGCUUCUACUGUACUCCCAGGAUUUCGUUACUAUGGGAACGGGUUGUCUCUCAGAGACCAGAGAGAAGAAACAGCGGGUUGUUCGGCGGUACACUCAACAAGUGGAACAACUGAGCACCCUCAAGGAGUUAUCGGCUGCCAUUUUGAGCUACAGCGACACUCAGUUCACCUCCUCCAGACUCAAUCCCCUCCUCUGUCCUCCUCUUCAUCUACCUCUUACUCCAGACCUUCAUCGUCCCGGCCCUAUACCCCUUCGCACAACACAAGAGCAACCCAGUCCGGAGUUUCUUGUACCGCUGAACCCCCAGUGGGUUCAGGCAGAGAGAAUCACUGAACAACUGGAGAAUCCUCCUGAAGAUAAUGCAGAGGAGCAGAGCAGCAGGAAGACAAUCAGACUGGAUCUGUACCUUCAGAUACCCUGCACCUCCAGGAGUCCAACUCCACAGGUGGAGCCUCAGCCCUGGGUACACUAUGCAGCAAAGACCCCUGAUGAACCAGAGAAACCACAGACUUAUGUAGACAUGAGUCUGCGGCAUACUGAAAAUAUACAGAAUACUGAAAAAAAACACCAUAGCAGUGGAGGGAAACUCCAGCAUCCAAAGAAAUGGGGCCAUGACGUGGCAGAUGAUCAACGCUGUUCCGUUCAAGAAAGUGGAACGACCGGUGAUGAAGACAACUAUGAAAAAUUGAUAAGUGGAAAAAGACCUGGGAGGAUAGGCCUCCUCCCUCCCCUGACAGUGGACCAUUCAGUCAGUAACGGACCAGGCUGGGAGAAGACAGACAGGGGUCCCAGCAGGGAUGAACACCAUGCACAGCGCCUACCUCCAAUAGCAGAGAGUCGUAGCUUCACCCCCGGCCGGGCCGUCCCAGCUCAGCCGGGCCAGGAUGCCCAACCAAAGGCAGAAAGAGUUGGGUUUCAAUCCCAAGAAAAUCUGAAUAGACUCCAUCAGCAGCCUCUGGUUCUUCCUCUGCUGUUUCCUGGAAAGAAGGAAGAGAUAAGUGGAAACCAAAGAGGAGGAGGAGAAAAAACAGAGAGACAAUACUGUGUAAAAGAGACAUUGCUGCAGGGAGGAGGAGGGCUACCCUCGGAGAAAGAGAAAGGCUAUAUGAUUCUGCUGGAGCCAGGAGAAGAGCCUCCUCCUCCUGUAGGACUGCUGGGUUGUGUUGCAGGACGGAAAGGCCCGGGCAAACAGAGCUCUUUGGCCUUCUUACAGAACCGAGAGCUUGACCUCCAGGAUCCCUGUAAAUCCAGCGAUGCUAACGGAAGCGUGGUGAGGGGCGUUUUGCCUCUGGAGCUGAGAGAUUUGCAGAACGACAAAUCUGUUGGCAGCCUGAUCUUGGGUCCUGAUGGGGAGAUCAUUCAACUGUCGCUGUACGACAACAGCCAGCAUCCAUCACACGCUGAUGGUGACACACAGGAGAGAGCUCUGCAGGUUUUGUCGUCAGAAGGAGAGAAGUUGCCCUGGGUCAUUGUACUGCAGCCUGAACACACACAUGAGGGAGAGGUGGAGCUGAACAUAGAUGGCCCUGUGGGUGACACCCAGUACCAUCAGUCCAUACACAAGCUCGUAGAUCUUCCCAGAGAUCAGCAGAUCUCAGAGACAAAGGCAUGCUCGCCCAGGAGCCAAACAGACCGAGCAGCUGUGACCAAGCAAACCAAGAAAAAACCAAAGAGUGCAGAGGCAGUGGCGGAGACAUGGGAGGAGUAUGCUGGAAACAAUGUUGGGAUGCCUCCGCCGAGGGAGCGGGGAGGGAAGGAGGAUCCAACUGGAGGCAACACGGAGACAGAGGAGGACAAAGAGGAAGAGCUUGGCAGUACAGGACCAACCAGCCAUUUUCCUGGAUCACAUCAGCCAGGCCAGCAGAACAUCGGGCCGAAUGAAGCAACAGCGGAGGACGCUGUAAACACACGGAGGAAGAAUACCAAGAGGAAGGUCACUGAGGAAACGGCGACAACCACAGGGAAAAGAGAGAUGAAAACGGUGAAAGGUGCCGCAUCAGAUGGACAGAAGACAUCGAGGAGGAAGAAGGAGGGAAGUGAUGCUCAAUCAAUCCGGAGUCAGAAGCAAGAGGAGCGGACCAACCGAGAGGCAGCAGAGACACAGGACCCGUCUGCUCCCCCUUCUGUGAAAAAGAAGCUGAUGGAUAGGGAAGGAGAGAGAAGAGGAGUGAAGAUGAAUGAGGAGAGAGAAGGAAAAGGAGAAGAGGCGAGGCAGAAUGAAGAGUCUGCUGGGAGGAGGAGGAGGAGAGGAAGGCUGAAACAGAAAGAGUUAGUCGUUGGACACCAUGAUGACCCCCUGGAGAAAGAGGAGGUGGAAAUCAGCCAGGAAACAGAAGAGGAGUCUCAGCUAAAAUCCACCAAAAGGCUCACGCCAACACAAAGACAUGAUAAAAACACCAAAAUAAAUUCAGAGGCAGAGCAGGACACAGACACAGAUCACCUCUCCACCAUUGCUGACCAAUACAGCAGCGUCCAAUCAGUGAGCUCCGUACGGUCCGCUGCCGCUGCGUCCCGGUCCAGCCAGAGGAGCUCGAAGAGGUCCGUUUCCUCUUCCUGGGAGGAGGCAGUGCCGGCCAGCGCCAUGGGUCUCGCUACAUCGCGUGGCUGCCUGUCGUCAUGUUCCACUGUCAUGGUGACGGAGGAACAGCUGAUGCUGAACCUAGCAAAGCCAGAGUCUUCUAGCCCCCAAAAAAGUCAGGAGAAAGAGAAGGAGGCUGCAGCUCUGCGUCUGGCCCAGCGAGCAGAGAGGCGGAGGCAGGAGGUAGAGAGGAAGAAGAAUGAGCGGGAAGAAGAAGAGAGGAAGCAGCAGGAGAAGGAGCAGACAGAGGAGAGGAUGAAGAGCGAGCUGGAGGGAGAGAGAAGGAAGAGAGCUGAGGAGCUCAGACUGAAGAAGCUGGCGGAGGAGGAUGAGAGGAGGAAGCAGGAGGAAGAAAAGCAGGAGCAAGUGAAACGGGAACAGGCCCAAAGAGAAAGAGAGAGAAGGAGGCAGGAAGAGAGGAGACGACAGAUGGAGUUACUCAGGAGGAUGAGAGAGGAGGAGGAACAGAGGAGAAAAGCUGAACUAGAGUGUCUGCGUCUGGACGAGGAGAGGGCGCAGGAGGAGGAGAGCAAGAAGCUACAGCAGAUGGAUGAGAAAGAAAAGAUAGAUUACCUCUGUAGGAAGGAGCAGGAGGAGGAGAACAGGAGAAACGAAGAAGAGGAGCAUGAGAGGAGAGUAAAGGAGGCGGCCUUGUGGGCCGCAGAGGAGGCCAAGCUGCAGGCGGAGCUGCUCGGCAGACAGAUGGUGCGGUUGCAGCAGCAGUUGGCCUUUAAAAGGGGUCUCAUGUUGGAGGCUGGAGGUCUAGAGAAAACUCAGGGGAUCUCCAGGCCGUGGAUCUACUCUUAUUUCACUUUGCUACAGCUACUGGGUCUAAAUCCAACUAAAGCUGAGACCACUACCCCCUGACAUUUAUCCUCCUUGAGAUCAUGAUGGACGUCUGCGAAAGAGUUUUGUUUGAUGAAAUGGUUCACCAAUUUUGGAAGAUCGUUAAAUGUAAAUCAAUAAAUGCAGAAUAUAUAAAACAAAUCAAGUUAUAUUCACAUCCAUGCUCAUCUGUUUCUUAAAAGAAAACACAUUCUCCAUUG